AUGGACAUGGACGCUUGGAACUGGGCUUCCGAGUCGGAUUGGUGGGCCCAUUAUGUCCUCACGGGAGACCACAAGUCAGCCACAGCUACACAACCUCCGCUACUCCUGGUCAACCACGAGGCCAGAUUCGAGUCGACAAAGGCCUACAAACAGCUGGCCAUUGACAAGGCGGUCCUGAAAAGGUGCCUGUCGAAUGAAACCGUCGUGGACCAUAGCCUGGAGCGUAUGCGGAACCUCAAGAAGACGCCGCGGCUCAAUGUGGACAAUGACAUAUUAGAGUGGGCGCACGUGAAGCGCUGGAGCAGGAACAAUCCCAUGCGAUGCAGCGCCCUCUUCCUGGCAGCCAGCAUGUCUGUUCAGCAUGUAGUUGUCGAAUACGACCAUUACCUCCACACAUCGCUCUUGUCGUUGGCGUUGAGUGUCAUGGACGUUGAGAGCCCCCUAAAGAGCUUGACCAUCAAGGUCUUUGAUGCUUCGGUACAGAAGCAAAUUACCUAUCGUAUAUCUGCUGUUCCCGAUCACGUCCCAGUCAUCCGGGAUCAGCAACAGCUUCCGAGCAUACUGCGGCGCCGUCACGUAGGCAUGCUGCCGUGCUAUCGAUGGCCGUCUGACGCAACGGAGAAUCUCAAGCCGACAAGCCUUGAUCGGUCAGCGGUGAUGUCAUUUGCGCAGUUUUUCGAGCCCGGCACGAAACUGGAUACCAAUUUUGCCAUCUUUCGAGUGGCUUCAGACGACGACCAACCCAAUUGUGAAGGCUUGGUGCCGUCUCCCGAGGUUGUACGGAGUUGGCGAUGGGUAGACAUGGUCGAUGAGCAGGACCGCACCUCGUUCAACAUUAGCCUGCAGAGCGAUGUUGCUUUGUUCAUGCAUCGCAUUUCGCUCUUUGAACAAUGGGAUCAUAAUGACCCUAGACGGCACCGGAUUGACGUAAUCCCAUUCCAUGGCAUUUGCAACUCGCAGCAUGGUCUCCCAUAG